AUGGAUCGCAAGACUGGCGCAAAGACCUUUGAACCCAUGAGUAUCUAUGUACGCGUGGGAAUGCAUGCUCUGUACUAUGGGUCGGAGCAAGAAAAGGCUCUUCACUGGAAGCGCACUGUCAAGCUGUUGGAAGAGCAGAGCAGGAAGAUGGGAAAGCAGUAUGAUGAUCCUGCCAGUGUUGAUCAUAUUGUUCCUUUCAUCGAGAGCUUCGACUUGCAGGAGAGCAUGUCGGAGAUGGUGGAGCCGAAUCCCUCCAAGUACAAGACCUUCAACGAAUUCUUCUCUAGAGAGAUCCGCGAGGAUGCCAGACCGAUCGAUGAACCUGGCAAUGAUCUCGUCGUAUCAUCACCCGCAGACUGCCGCCUCACAGCCUUCCCCACCGUCGACCUAGCAACAAAAUACUGGAUCAAAGGCUUCGGCUUCACAAUCUCCGCCCUCCUCGACUCCUCCUCUCUCGCCUCCCACUUCAACAACGGCGCCAUCGUAAUCGCCCGUCUCGCUCCCCAAGACUACCACCGCUGGCACUCCCCCGUCUCCGGCACCAUCGAGUCCAUCACUGAAAUCCCCGGCGCAUACUACACCGUCAACCCCCAAGCCAUCAACGAAGCAGGCACUCUAGACGUCUUUUGCGAAAACAGACGUAGUGUGAUGAUUGUGCGUCGCACAGGCACAGAUGCAAAAGUGGCCAUCAUAGCCGUAGGCGCCAUGCUAGUCGGCAGCAUCAAAUACAAUCCCGGCAUCGCAAUCGGCAAAACCAUCAGGCGUGGUGAAUGUCUAGGAGCUUUCCAAUACGGCGGCAGUACAGUCAUAAACCUUUACCAAGAGGGUGAUGUAGUGCUAGACGAGGAUCUGGUCAAUAACUCUACAAAAGAGGUUUGCGAGACUCUGGUCAGGGUCGGUUGGAGGGUUGGUGGAAACCCUUGCGUUAACUAG